ACAACUGCUCUGGUAAUGGUAGGAAGGUUUUUGCGCUCAGUGGACAUGCCUAGGAAGCAUCCUUUUACCUUUCCCCCGUCAGAAGCACGCCACUCACAUGUAUUGAUACUACCUUCACUGAAUUCGUGAUGGGAGAUCCAAAGGACUCUGGCGUUGGAGAGAACGACGGUCGUUUUUCUAUGCGUAUAUUUGUGAUUUCCUUCCACCGCAUUAUCGCCCUCGCGCUCCACACCACCUACUCGUCACAUUCUUCCAAGCUUCUUUCAACUGUCGGCAACACUACCUAGAUAGUCAGCCAAGUCCCGCUAUCAUCAACACAACCGAGCACUCAAGCAUGGGCUGUGGAUCCGAACACUACACGCGCUGGAACCGCAUCAGCUCCAAGCAUCUAUUCCUACAACACAGGCUCAAUAGCAUUGUCUCAAGAUGGCCCACCCGGCUACAGCAACAUAAGAACCGCCUGCAUCGCAUUCAAGUUUCGGUCGCAAAGCGGAAGGCCCAACGCGCACAUGAUCUCAAGGUACAGACAAUGCGGCGCAGAGUCCGUGCGUGGAAAGUCGCUGUCAGUCCACUCUGCAAGCAGUCUCGCGUUCUAAGACGCCAACACACUGCGGACCGAGACUCAGUCACACCGGCAGAUUGGAAUCAGCUAUUUGAGAAAUCUACUGGAAAGUUACACGCCAUUUAUCAAAAGCCUAAUAGUAGAGAGAAGUGGCCGAAAGAAGUUUCCUACUUGAACAUGAUAGCGCUGGCAAACUACAAGGAGAAGCGGUACCGGCAAGCGCACCGGCCACAACCUGUUCCGAACUUCAACCUUACGGCGGUUAGGAACCUGCAAGAGAAGCUUUGGCCACGAGUGGGGUGGCCGAAAGAACUCCCGUAUUCCAACAUCAAGGCACGCGUGGAGUACUGCGAGAAACAUUGGCCGCGUGUCAACUUGCCCAGGAGCGUGCAUUGUCUUGACCUCCCAGAGCGCCUUCCCUACGGGGAGGAUCUUCCACCCGCGAAAUGGUGUGCCGCAUGUAAACUACGUCGCGCUCGCUGCCCACAUCGGAAAACCAAAUGCAGAAGCCGAGAAAGUUAGGCGAAUAUCAGGCUCUGGCGCACCGCCAUCGCGAGAAACAAGCUGACACACUUCACAAUCAGCAAUGUCUCGAAAAGAACCAAUGCAUACAUUGCCUAGGCCCCAAUUCGAUGA